ACAGAGUGCAGGGUUUAGGAGUGCACUAUGUACAGAGUGCAAGGUUUAGGGGUGCGCUAUGUACAGAGUGCAGGGUUUAGGAGCGUGCUAUGCACAGAGUGCAGGGUUUAGGAGUGCACUAUGUACAGAGUGCAAGGUUUAGGAGUGAGCUAUGUACAGAGUGCAAGGUUUAGGAGUGAGCUAUGUACACAGUGCAGGGUUUAGGGGUGCGCUAUGUAGAGUGCAGGGCUUAGGGGUGUGCUGUGUACAGAGUGCAGGGCUUAGGGGUGCGCUGUGUACAGAGUGCAGGGCUUAGGGGUGCGCUGUAUACAGAGUGCAGGGCUUAGAGGUGAUGUGUACAGUGUGCAGGGU